AUGGAGAACCCUCCUUCGCCAGCGCAGAAAGGCGCUAUCGCAAAUCCUCCAGCAGAGAGCUCAUUUAGUUUCACUCCAAUCAAAGCUCUGAGCGCCCUCCCUCGACUGUGGGAUCGCAAGCCUUCGACCCCUGUGCGCGCUGGUGACAAGUCGCGAAAGCUGUGGAAGCGCAUCCGCUUCCCCUUUGGCGGCAUGAAGAGCGAACCAGAAGCCAGGAACACUGCCAUCGGGGCCUCUAAGAACUCAGACUACCAGCGCGGCGUGAAGCGUCGAUGUGUGGACCCCGCUGAUGCAGAGGAAGAGACCGAGAUGGAACAACGCGGUCGGUCGUUCCUCGAAACUAAAUGGGAAAUGCAGGCCGCUCGCAAGCCCCGCAAGAUGCCCGAAUUCAACUUCAGCAUCCACAAUGAUAACACCCAGCAAGUCUUUGGUUUUACUGGCAACCAGCUGGCUAGCAAUGACGUUGCUAUGAACGAUUCUCCCCAGCCGCUCAGCGAUAUGUGGCAGUCUGUCAAGACACCUGUUUACAAUGAUGCUCAGGCCGCAAAUGCAAGCUCGGAGGCAUCUGACGACAAGACCCCUGAGGAUCUACAAUCCGACUCCCCUGAUCAAGCGGUGCCGGCCGCGGUCAAGGAAGCAACGGAUGACAAGGGCGACGCUACGUCCCCUACAGAACCCGUGCAAGACCUCACCCAGGAGCAGGAAGUGAAGUUGGUGCGAUCUGCGCUGCGUAGUUCGCUGGACGGUGAAGAUGCAGAGCUGCUCAACGACUUCCUGUCGAGGGCCAAGGCGAAGCGCGCCGCCAAGGCCACGCAUCCCGAGGAUGCCGACCUAGCAGAGUCGUCCUCCAGCAUGGAAGAGUCCCCCGAAACCGAACGCGCAACGCCGCGGGCGCGACGCGUGUUGGAAGACCUGACCACAAACUCGCCUUCCCCAGUCAAGAUUCAACUAUCGCCGAGUAAGCAUGACGUAAAGAUCGCGACUAUUGGCAACGAGAACCAGGCACAGGAAGAGAUCCUUCACAAAGAAGUCAUGGAGGAGCCAGUGCCCUCGAGUCCUGCAUGUCGCCGAAGCACUCGCGCCAAAGCAUCGAGCGCUCCCGAUACAUCUUCUGUGCGCAACACGAUCUCGCUCCGCCGCGCUAAAGGUACCGAGUUUAUCUUCCUGCAGCGGACUGAUGCCCAGCAGAUGGCUUUGGCAACGAAGCGAAACACCCGUUUCAACAAAGGCAAAUCCGUGAGCCCCAAUGCCGCUUUGGAAGCUCUCGCUCAGCAGUCAACCGAGGACGGGGCACAAGCCGCCGCCGAUCAGUAUACGACCUCAUCUGGCAACACCAGCUCAAAGAAGCAGAAGCAGGUGUCUUGGAAUGAGGAGCGCAUGGCUGAGUAUGAAGAGUACAAAGAAGCACCGGAAUACAUCGAAGACGAAGAAGCCGAUCAGUGCAAAGAUGAUGUCGGCACCACACCUCGCCCACGAGCAGAGAGCAAGCGUCCAGCAAAGAAAGCCACGCCUGCUCAGCGCAGCAGCCGUCGCCAGACGGAGAAGGCAGAGCGAGACGGAGCAAGUGGGGCCACCGCCAGCGAUCCAACCGCUCAGGCUAGUACCGCAACCCCGCGCUCACGCCGGGUGAGACGCUUGGGCGAUUUAGGAAAGAUGGGAUCUGGCACCCCUGUCAAGACCGGGGGCCGCAGCACCACCAAGCCACCCGCAGCCUCGGUGCCCGAGGGGGAAGCAGCCCCCUCCACACCCAUCAAGGGCCGCCGCAAGGCUACCCCCAAGUCCCCCAGCUUGUCUAAGCUUCCUGCGCCACCCAAGGGUGCUAAAACGCCCACGGACCAACCUUUCGUCAGCGGCAUUCCCACCCGCAGCACUAAAGGCACAGAUGAGCCCUCCCACAGCAUGCUCCAGGCGAGCGCUGGGUGCACCCCAGCCCGGCGGGUGCGGUCGAGAUCGUGA